UGACGAAAACUCCCUCCACAGACUAAAGAGUUUUCAGAAAGAGAAAGACGAACAGGGGAUAUAUAGGUUCAGCAUUUUAUCAGAAAUGGUGGAUAAUUUCAAGCAGUGAAGAUGUUUAAAGCUUUAGAUAAGGUCAACUAUGCCAGACUAGAUCUUUGUAGUCAUCUACAACAGCCCAAGAAGAAGCUAGGGGUGCCAUCUCUGUUGAAACUGUGCUGUCAGAAAAUAAACAGUUGUCAUGUAGAUCUCAUCAGGGAAGCCUUAUCAUGUAUCCCUAACCACUUAGCUCCAGUGCUGUUGGAGAUCGCCAUUGAUAGAGUGGCCCCAGUAGCCAUUAUUACACUCAUCUCCAACUGGCCUUUGCCUGUCUUAUGUUUUGGUGAUGUUGUGCAUCCAGAAAACAAAGAUAUAUUUACUGAAGAGAUGGGCUUGGAUUUAAUGGUAUUCAAAGGAGUCAUUGAGAGAACCAAAUCCUGCAAAAUCAAAGUCUUAGACCUUCGAGGAUUCAAGCUGAAUGCAACUUUUAGCAAGCUAAUUGUGCAGAUGUGGCCCAUAUUAUCCCUGAAGAAACAUCAAUUAAAACCAAAAAAGCUGGCCAAGAUAAUUGCCAAAGCCGCAGAUGUGGAGUUUAGUCGGUACAUGGAGGAACUCCUUCCCAGGAUGUUAAAUGAUAUUCUGUCUCAUGAAAUGGUUCAGGACACACAUAUACUGAUCCGUAUUCCUCGCGGAGAAAAGAUGAUCGUGAAGAUAGACAACAUUCACUUCACGGCCAGCAACACAUUUUUUAUGGACUACUUGAUCUGUAACUGCCUAAGAUCUGUCACUCCCGUAGCCAUCACAGUCUCCAACAUUCAUAUCAAGUCAGACCUUGCAAUAGGAGAAGAAGUGAUGGAUUCCUUGGCUCCAUUUAUUGUACUUAAAGGACAAGACAUAAAUACUCUUGAAGGUCUAUCCCUAAGACAAUUAGAAGAGGGAAUAUUUUUCAUGGUGUCACCCAACCUGAAGAAAUUUUCCAGAUUGCGUUCGCUCGAUUUGCAAGACUGUAACAUUUACUUACAAGAAGGCAAAACGCGAAGUAGAACAAUUGGCCGUGCCAUCAUGGUCAGGACAUUGUCAUGUUUUGAGAACUUAGUCCGACUAGAUCUAAGUUUCAAUUACCUCCUCGGUUGCUUGGGAGAAAUCUUAGACGCAUUAAAACUUCCAUUAGAAUUUCUUAGUCUACGAAACUGUGAUUUAAAUGAAGAUGACUUGGAGUGUUUAGCCAACUCAAAACAUGCUCUCUCCCUGCAGGAGUUGAAUUUGAGCAAAAUUUGUCAGUUUUCCAUUUAUGACAAUGACAGAAUAUCGUCCAAUAACUUGUUCAAGGUUGUGUUCUGUUUUAAGAAUGUUAAACUGCUCAAUCUAGCCCAAAACCACUUUCAGGAUUCUUCGAUUCCAAGUUUCUGUGAAAAGCUACCUCAAAAUUUGAAGAAACUGCAGUAUUUAGACAUUGCUGGAAAUGUUCUCACUGAAGACAGUACACUCCAAAUAUGCAAAGCUCUUGCCAAAGUGAAAACCUUUCAGUGGUUUCGGCUAACUUGUUCAAACAAUCUUUUAGACGAAGCUUUGGGACAUCUUAAUCAAGCACAUGAAAAUGCAGUGCAGGCCAAACAACGGAUCUGUGGUUUACUGUCAGCCCUGGGUAGAACUGAUAUCCACAUCGAAAUUGUGAAGUUAUCGUACGCAAUAUUUGUAGAUCUCAUGGAUGUGAUGGAGCUGUGAAACUUUAACAUGGCUAAAUACAACAUUGGGUUCAUGUUUAUGUGAAACAAGUCCACCUGUAAUUCUUAAAUGGCAACAAGGAUGAGGAACCUCCUAGCAGGUGCCCUCUGUGUAAAUAGGAUUAAGGAAUUGGAAUUCCCUGUGUUCUUUAAUAUGUACUGUUUUGUUUCUGCUGGAUCAUAAAUGAGGAAACCAUUUUGACAUUGUUGUAUUUUGUAUUUUGAACUCUUUUCCAUAAUUUGUAUUAUCAUUUUUACAAAAUAAACAGUAUCACAUUGCAUA